UUGUUACACUGGAAGAAGAUGGCUGCUGCUCCGACUUUUUUUCAAUGAAGACACUGAAAUUUCCUUUACAUUUCUUUCUUGCGUUGGAGUUACAGUCAUCCGCUAUGCAACCUAAUAGGCAAGUCCGUCCUUUGUGUUGAAACGCGUGUUGCAUCGUCGGCACGGGACUCUAAUUAUAUAAACGCCAGAUAAUAACUUGCACAUCUCCAUGGAACAGGCUAGCAUGCUAACGAUAGCCACAUUAGCCACCACCAUCAAAGAGCUUGUUGCUGUGUCAAGCCAAUCGCACACCUCCGAUCGCUGUGAUCUCAGUGGUUUCGCUCUCCGCUAGACAAGCGCGGGUUUUUUUCCGGGACGUUUGGUUGAUUUGCCAUUCACCAUAAUACCAUUAUUGUAAUGAUAAACCUAUUUCUGAUGAAUUGAACAACUUGUCUAAAACUAUUAUGUCUCAGAACGCUUUCAUCGAAGGCUCGUCAAGCUGAAACUGACAUCCGAGUUGACCCAAUAGCCAGGCUGUCUCGGAUGCAACGAGUGUAACUUCUUCCAGUCUGCACCUGGCGUAUGGAUGUUCAUAACUUGCACUGUGGUCCGCCACAGGGUGUGAAUGAUUUCAUUAGGAAGGUGACAGUGUGGGGCUGAAAGGACAGCAUCGUCUACCGACCCUCGCCUUGCAACUGGCGGUGGACCACAAUGCAACAAGUUUUAGAAUAUGCAUUGGAUCGAGCCGAGUACAUUGUUGAAAGUGCUCGACAACGACCUGCCAAAAGAAGAAUUGUAUCUGGUGGCAGAAAAAGUUUGUAUCAGAAACUCUAUGAGCUGUACCUGGAGGAGUGUGAAAAAGAGCCUGAGUUAAAGAAUUUGAGAAGAAAUGUGAAUCUACUGGAGAAGUUGGUGUCCCAGGAGUCGGUACCCUGCCUGGUGGUCAACCUGUAUCCGGGCAAUGAAGGCUACUCCCUCAUGCUCCGCGGCAAGAAUGGAUCUGACUCCGAGACGAUCCGGCUGCCGUAUGAAGAGGCGGAGCUGCUGGAGUACCUGGACUCCGAGGAGCUGCCCCCCAUCCUGGUCGACCUGCUGGAGAAGUCCCAGGUGAACAUCUUCCACUGUGGCUGCGUGAUCGUCGAGGUGAGGGACUACCGACAGUCUGGCAGUGCCAAGAUGCCCUCCUACCAGAGCAGACACAUCCUGCUCAGACCCACUAUGCAGACUCUGAUCUGUGAUGUCCAUGCCAUGACCAGUGACCACCACAAAUGGACACAGGACGAUAAGCUCCAGCUGGAGAGCCAGCUGCUCCUGGCCACGGCGGAGCCCCUGUGCCUGGACCCGUCCAUCUCCGUCACCUGCACCGCCAACCGGCUGCUGUACAACAAGCAGAAGAUGAACACGCGCUCCAUGAAACGGUGUUUCAAGAGGCACUCGCGCGCGUCGCUCAACAGACAGCAGGAACUGUCUCACCUGCCGACCCCACCCCAGCUGCGUCUCUAUGACUACCUGCAGCGGCGGAAGGAGAGGCGCCCGGCCCCCGCCAUCGACCUCAAGAUCUCCAAGACUGGAAACUGUGUGGACAUGUGGAAACAGAACAGCUGCCAGCUGACUGUACCCAGGGAAAUAGAUGUGGAGAAGUACGCUGUGGUAGAGAGGUCCCUGCAGCUGGAGGACCCCCAGCCUGUGGUCAUCUGGCCCGCCGAGGAGGUGAUGGACGACUACACGUUUGAAUGUGAGGUGGGGGGCCAGGCCCAGAGGACCACGGUCUCCAUCUUCCAGUCGAUGGGAGACCCGCUGGUCUACGGCAAGAUCUACUGUGCCAAAGAACCAAAGACCGAGGACGACUCCUCGGACCUUAAGCUCAUCCACCCACCUUUCCUCAUAGGCUCAAAGAUUGAUGCAGACCGCUUCCUCACGCAGUACAAAGGAGUGUACGAGAAAGAUGUCAAGUGUGCGGUGAAGAUGUCCCAUAGCUCGGUCAGCUUGGCCCCUCCCUCUCCCAGCAAGGACACAGAGGGAGACGGCCUGUCUGCCAUGGUCCAGACGUCGGUCCUGGGUAAAGGGGUGAAGCAUCGGCCCCCUCCAAUCAAACUACCGUCAGGAACCAGCAGCAGCACCUCAGGUAACCUCUACAGCCCCCAGGCCACGAGCGGCCUCCUCAAGUGCCCCACGCCGCCUCCGGUCAAGAACCAGUCUCUCACCAGGAAGCACUCCCUGGAGCUGGGUCAGAUGGGCCUGCUGUCCCCCGCCGCCCUCUCCCCCAUGGCCUCCACCCAGAGGUCGGGCACCCCCUCCAAGCCCUCCACCCCCACCAACACCCCCUGCUCCACGCCCCACCCGCUGGACUCCCUGCUGUGCUCCCCCCUCUCCCUGGCCCCGGCGGGCCCCGACCACCCCCAGGGCCUGCUGCCCACCCAGGGCCCGGCCGCCCUGCUGGCCCCCUACGCCCAGCAGCAGCAGCAGCAGCAGCAGCAGCAGCUGGCCCUGAGCCAGUCGCUGCCCGUCAUGACCAUCCCCCUGCCCUCCAUCGCCACGGGGACCACCGCCCCCCCCGUCAUGGCGGGCCCGGCCGGCCUCAACUUCAUCAACGUGGUGGGCUCCGUCUGCAGUCCACAGACACUAAUGACCGGCUCCAACCCCAUGCUGGGCCCCAGCCUUAACCUGAGCGGGCUCCUGCCGGCGGGGGGCCUGAUGCCCGCCAUGCAGUCCACCCAGACCGGGAGCCCCUUUGGUCUGAACAGCAACACUGGGUUAGGACCUCUCAACCUGCUGCAGAUUCCUACGGGUCCUCUGAUCUUUAACUCACUGCAGCAGCAGCAGCUGCUGUCCCAGUUCUCUCCCCAGCAGAGCCAGUCGGCCACUUCCAGUCCCCAGCAGCAGGGGGAGCUGGGUGAACAGGAGCAGAGUUUGGCCAACCAACAAACGGCCGUUCUCAACCUUGGAGUAGGGGGCUUCAUGUCUCCACAGGGUGCAGUGCUGUCCCAGCUGGGCUGUGGGCGUGACAGGUCUAGUUCCCUGCUGGCUCCGCCCAGGCUUCAGCAGCAGCUCCAGCCUCACAUCCAAUUGCAAUUCUUGCGGCACCAAAUGCAGCAGCGAACGGCUUCGGCGGUGGCGGCGGCGGCCCGCAGGGAGGAGCCGGCGCCGCCGCCGCCGCCGCAUACCGCCAACCUGCCAAGAAGUAAGAGGAAGAGGAGCACGCCGCAAGCCAUGCCCAAGUGAUGAUGAUGCAAUCCCCUCCCCCUCCCGCCCUAUCCCCAACCCCAGCCCUGACAUCAUGAGGACAGACUGAUCCAAACCGCGGACCAACAGCCUCGCCGUGGAGACUGGAAGGCGGGGCAGAAAAAAAUACGUUUUGCUAAAUUUGUAUGAAUUUAUUUCUGCUUUUUUUUUAUUUUGUAGCUAUUGGAAAAAAAAAAAAGGAUUAUGUUUGGGAGAGACGGUCGUCGCACGGUGUUAAGGAACCCUUCCCCCCCGUGGUCAUGGAGGACGCUAAGGAUUUAGCUCUUGUUAUGACCACGAGCGGAGGCAC